AUGUUUUCCUCCGCGCUAAAGUCGCUGAGUUCCAAUAUAUCGACCAAUUAUCAGAUCUCUCCGCAUCCAACAGCGGUUUCCGGACCUUGGAGAAUCCAUGAUGGGAAGAAGAAAUCUACUGGGACCGCGGCUUCAAUCUUUAUAUUUGACAAGAAAGUACUCGAGCCGCGAUCAAGUGGGCUUGGUAAUCGGUCGAGUUCAGCAUUGAAGAAAUUGCAGGAGGAUGUGGUCGAGCGGCUUAAGCGCGAGGCCGGCAACCUUGCGCGGCUGAGGCAUCCAUCGAUUCUCCAAGUGUUGGAACCAGUGGAGGAGACGCGCGGAGGUGGCCUCAUGUUUGCUACGGAAUCGAUCACUACGUCUCUUGCCGGCCUCUUACAGGCAAAAGAAGAGCAAGAAAGGACAUCAAGAGGCGGUUCCAGGCCGAGCCGCUACGUUGUGGGAGAGCCUGACGGAACACGGCGUCGGAAAGACAUCGAAAUCGAUGAACUAGAGAUUCAAAAGGGGCUUUUGCAGGUUGCAAAGGGCCUGGAGUUUUUGCACGAGUCUGCGGGCCUCGUGCACGGGAAUCUGAACCCAGAGGCUAUUUAUAUCAACGCAAAAUCCGACUGGAAAAUUUCGGGACUUGGGUUUGCUGGGCCUCCUGACUCUUCAGAUGCCAAAUCGUCUCUGCCACCUCUAGCUAUCUCCGAGGUUCUCUAUCAAGAGCCAAGGCUUCCGCACUCGGUGCAGUUAAAUCUCGAUUUUACGUCUCCGGACUUCGCGCUGGAUUCCAAUGUCACCACUGCUGCAGACAUGUUUUCAUUAGGGCUCGUCAUAAUCGCUCUUUAUAACUCUCCCCAUGUGUCUCCACUGCAGGCGCAUUCGAACCUGACUUCAUACAAGAAAUUACUGAGCUCUCCAUCGUCUACACCAUCGCAAAGCAAUAAUUUUCUAUGCUCGGGCACUAUUCCGAAGGAUCUUUUGACACACCUUCUACCCAGGUUGAUCACUAGGCGACCUGCACAGCGUCUGAAUGCUCGAGAGUUUCAGCAAUCACAAUACUUUGACAAUGUACUUGUCUCUACAAUUCGCUUCCUGGAGUCUCUUCCAGCGAAGAACGCAAACGAGAAAUCGCAGUUUAUGCGAGGGCUACAACGAGUUUUGCCUGAGUUCCCGCCAACUGUCCUAGAGAGAAAAGUUCUGGGCGCCUUGUUAGAUGAAUUAAAGGAUCGCGAGCUUCUACCUCUGAUUCUACAGAAUGUUUUCGCAAUCUUACAACGCAUUCCGAAUGCACGUCGCACUCUUCCUGAGAAGGUUAUCCCUCGCCUGAAGGAAGUAUUUGCAGCGCAGCAACCAGGAAAGGGUCCUGUUCCAGAUCGCGAUUCGAAAAAGGAUGCAGGUCUCAUGGUAGUCCUUGAGAACAUGAAUUUCGUCGCUGAGAACUGCUCCGGAAAGGAAUUCAAAGACGAUAUUCUACCGCUGAUUCGUCUGGGCUUGGAUUCACCUACUCACUCCCUUGUUGAUGCUGCAAUCAAAUGCCUUCCAGCUAUCCUUCCAGUCCUUGAUUUCAGCACUGUCAAGAAUGAAGUCUUUCCUUCAAUUGCCACCACCUUUAGCCGGACAAGUAGUCUGGCAAUCAAAGUGCGAUGCUUAGAAGCAUUCACUGUCCUGUGCGGCGGUUCAGCUGGCGACGGCGCCGCCUCUGAGGACGAUCUGUCCGGUGUGGUCAGGGAAAAUAAGUCACCAUCCGCCAAGCCUUCGAUCCUGGACAAAUACACCAUACAGGAGAAGCUUGUCCCAUCACUGAAAGCGAUCAAGACGAAAGAACCAGCUGUUAUGAUGGCUGCUUUGAGAGUUUUCCGCCAAAUCGGCACUCUUGCUGACACUGAAUUUCUGGCUUUGGAUGUUUUGCCCGUUUUGUGGAGCUUCAGUCUUGGACCGCUGCUGAAUCUUCGUCAGUUCGAAGAAUUCAUGGCUUUGAUCAAGAGCCUCUCGUGGAAAGUCGAACGUGAACAGGCAAAGAAGCUGCAAGAACUUUCCUCAGGGGGUGACACUGCCGGUUUCCAAAACGGUUCUGGCGGUUUCCUCAGCCCUACAAACGACCUUAUGCAGUCUGAUCUGGAUAAUACAAGGAAUAACUUCGAACGUCUCGUUCUUGGUCGAGAAACCGGGGCAUCGAGCAGUCCAGGCACUGAUCCUUGGCAGAACCUGGGUCCUCAGGCAUCGGCAACGCAAAGUUCUUCCCAGAAACCGCCUUCCGCAACCUUUUCUUGGUCUUCAAAUGGCGCUACAGCGGCCAGCAAAGGAGCCUCGCCAUUGAAUCUAAGCGCCCGCUCCGUGACCCCCGAUUACAAUUUGAGUGCUUUCCCAUCACUAGAACCUGCAACAAGGCAGAAGUCCCCAAUGUCUCAAACAUUCUCCACCCUGCAACCUUCACCGUCGACUUCUUGGAAUCUGCCCGUCACGGCGAACAACAAAGAUAAUGCACGGAGUAUAAACAUGGGAACCACGAGCGGUGCCUCUAUGGAAGCAUUGGCGAACAUGAAGGCGUCCACCACCUCGAUGUAUGGACAAACGUCACAGCAAGCUCCUAAUUACUCUGCUUUUUCGAUCCCCCCUCCUCCAUCUACUUCAAACAACGUGGGAUCAUUUACUGGUCCAGGAGCGUCUGCCCAUGUGAAUCGCGCUCUAUUUGGGCAAGUCAACCCAGCACCGACCACUUCGUUUAUCAGCAGCCCACCCCAGCCCCAAAAUACCCAGAAAGAAGGGCUCGAUAAGUAUGAAAGCUUAUUAUGA